AUGACACUAGUUUUACGAUAUGUUAACAAAAACGGAGAGUUGAUAGAAAUCUUUUUGGGUAUUGUUCAUGUGGGUGAUACAUCCGCAAGAUCAUUGCAAAAAGUAAUUUACUCUUUACUUUUGGAUCACUCGUUAUGCCUAUCAAGACUCCGUGGACAAGGUUAUGAUGGAGCUAGUAAUAUGCAAGGAGAAAAAAAUGGCAUAAAGUCUUUGAUUUUGCAAGAUGCUCCGUCUGCAUAUCAUAUUCAUUGUUUUGCUCACCAAUUGCAAUUGACACUUGUGGCUCUUUCUAAAAAACAUCCGGAUGUGAAAAAUUUCUUUUAUGUUGUCACUAAUGUUUUGAAUACUAUUGGGACAUCUUUUAAACGCAGGGACUUACUUCGACAACACCAAGUUGAGAAGUUGGAAGAAUUGCUUAAAUCUGGAGAAAUUCUUACCGGACAAGGAUUAAAUCAAGAACGUGGCCUUCAACGACCGGAUGAUACUCGUUGGGGAUCCCAUUUCAAAACCUUGGAAAAUUUCAUGAUUAUAUUUUCUUCAAUUGCUAAUGUGCUUAAAGAUAUGAAAGAAAAUUCUCCACACGAUCUUGAUAAACUUGCAGUAGGUAACCUUUUAGAUAAAAUUCAAGAAUUUGAAUUUAUCUUUGUGUUGCAUUUGAUGUUCAAGAUGUUGCUUCUUACAAAUGAAUUGAACAAAGCUUUACAAAAGAAAGAUCAAGAUAUUGUCAAUGCUAUGGGUUUGCUUAAUCUUUCAAAGAGAAGAUUACAAACAAUGAGAGAGAGUGGUUUGGAGUCUUUGAUGGAUGAGGUUUCUUCAUUUUGUGGUAAACAUGAUAUUUUGGUUCCCGAAAUGACUGAAGACUAUCCAAGAUCGAAGCGUAAGAAGUCCGAAAUUUCAUAUUUACAUCACUUUCGUGUGGAAGUGUUUUAUGCAGUUAUUGAUUUGCAACUUCAGGAGUUCAAUAAUCGUUUUGAUGUUGUGACUAGUGACUUACUCCUUGGCAUGGCUAGUUUGAAUCCGGUUGAUUCAUUUUCUAAUUUUAGUAAGAGCAGAAUAAUGAAGUUGGCCGAAUAUUAUAAAAAUGAUGAAUAUCACAAUAUUGUUGAUGCAUUCGGAUUCAUGGAUCUCUAA